AACGAUACAAUCUUAUAUCAAUGCCUUUACUACAACUAUACCCGCUAAUGACGUAAUAUCUGCCUCUCGCAUCUCUAAUGGCCGCAUAGCUGUGUAUCUAAAAUCCAAAUUAAGCUGUUAUCAAUGCUGUCCAACAAGGCCUUGAGUAUGAGGGGGCCUUUUUUGAACUAACCCCCCUUGUACGGCCCACUACUCGAGUCAUUUUAUCUAAUGUAUAUCCAGAACUACCGAAUUCUGUCUUGAUUGAAAAUCUAGCACCUUUUUGCAAAAUUGUGUCCGACUGCAAACCAAUACCUUUAGGAUUUAAAGACAAGCGCCUAAACCAUAUUAUGAGUUUUCGAAGGCACGUUCAAGUGUUAGUGAAACCUAACACAACACUUCCAGAUAACAUUAAUUUUGUGUUUUCUGGUAUGAACUGUCGUGUAUUUAUUUCAACUGAAUCAGUUAGAUGUUUUAACUGUGGUGAAUUUGGUCAUAUUUCUCGCAAUUGUAAGAAACCCCAAACAAGCACAAAUACUAAGCAGUCAAUGACAAAUGCUGCCCCAGUUUCAAAUGACACGAGAGUGCGCCAGCGGGGAUCCUCCCCACCUCCCACUACGGUUUCAGACCCCAUCCCACCAUCACCUCCCCCCUUAGCGGCAAGUACUACAAUGCCCCCACCUGUACCCACAUCCUCUGAUUUCCCUAGUUUACCACCUCGUGAUCGUGCGCCCCCUCUCACCUCAGCCACCCCCUCGCGCAUUAGGAAGCCUCAAUCUUCUCCACUGCACACACCUCUGACAUCACCUGCUCAGCCGUCCAGCAAUUCCACUACCACACCCAUAGUCGUGUCCUCCAAGUCCUCUCCCCCCAAAUCUAUUUCUGCGUGCCCUUCGCCUGUGUGGAAAACUCCCCCAUCACCUGUCCGAUCUUUCUCCGAAGUUGUUUCAAAACGCAAGCAACUAACCCCCGAAUCAAACGAAAACAAUACUACUCUUACUACACUCAAAGCCACCUCUCCUCUUCGGAAAGUGACCAGAAAAGCUCCCUCCUCCCAAACUGAAACCGUAGACUCUCCAGCAUUAACACAAGUCCUUGACUCCCAAACCCCAAAUAUCCCCCCUACCCCAUCCUCCUCAGUUGGAGAUUGUUCUACCGACACUGACUCCAUGACAUGGGAAGAUGCCCAGACGGAUGAAGACAUCCCGAAGGAAGAUGCACUCCCAUUGACUCAAGGCCCCCUCUCCCAAGGCCAAAUUGUGAAAUUUCUGUCAAACGUGAAAGGGCGGAAAAAGCCUGCCCAGAUUGCACGGAAAUAUACAUCAAAUAUUCCAGGGCUAGUUAAACAAUUAAAGCCCCUGAAAAACAGCCCCCUUGUUAAACGUAACAUGCAGCAGAGGAUAUACAAAUUGAUCAGCACUCUGGAGAGCUAAUUCCUUUUUACAUUCUCUCCAUUCAUUACGUACGCUCAAGUUGUUAUAGCCUUAAUGGCACUGUCAAUGCUGACCCUCAACCCCGGAGGAUGCUCCUCCCAAACUCAAAACGCCUCCUUCCGAGUUUAUGUUGAGCAAAUUGCAUGCAACCCUCUCGUUGUAUUUUUACAGGAAACUUACCACCUUAAAGAUAGCAACCCUUGCUGGAGCAACUGGUCCCAUAAACCUUUUUGCUCACCCGGUAUUACUCGAGGGUCAGGAGUGACAACUUUGGUCAAUAAUUCUCAAGUUGAUAUUUUAUCUACUUUUAUUGUUUUUGAUGGUUAUAUAUUGUAUAAUAAGCUCUGCCAUAAUAACUGUAUUUAUCAUGUAUACAACACACUUAUUCCUCAAUCUGAUGAAAGGGCAAUUAAAGCUAUUAAUGCCCUUAAUUGUCAUAUCUCCACCUGUUGCGAAGAUAAUAUUGUGAUUGUGGGUGAUUUUAAUUGCACUGAAAAUCCUGCGAUUGAUCGUUUGUGCACGCUCACAGAGCGCAGACCUAAACUUGUUACGGCCUUACAAAAUGUUCUGAAUAAAUCUUCUCUUUGCGAUGCAUGGCGUUUUCUAAAUCCAAAUGAAAAGGAAUUCACCUGGCAACGGCACAAUCCUGCCAGUGCACAGGGCUUUUCAAAAUCUAGAUUAGAUCGAUUUUAUGUACCAUCGUGUCUAGUUUCUUGUAUUCAUAUGUGUGAAAUUAUACCUUGUUCCUUAUCUGACAACUCUGCAGUUUCUCUAACUUUGAAAUUCCCAAUACGAGCUAAAGGAAAAAGUGCAUAUUGGAUUUUCAAUAACACUCUUUUAGAAGACGAAAGUUACAUUGACAUUAUUCGUCUUUUUUGGUCAGAUUGGCAGAAAGAAAAAAAUGACUUCCCGAAUCUUGCAUCUUGGUGGGAUUUCGGCAAGGUUCAUAUUAAAUCAAUUACUCAAAUAUAUAGUAAAAAAUUAGUACAAAGGAAAAGACAAGCUCUCAUAGAAAUUAACAAAGAGAUUGAUAAACUUCAGAGCGCAAAAGAAUCUAGCCCACAAGAUAAAAAUACUCUUGACGAGCAUAGAAAUGCAUUAAACUCGCUACUGAAAAAUGAAGCACGUGGAGCUCUUGUGAGGUCUCGCUUUAAAUACACAAAUGAAAGAGACUCAUGCUCCAAGUUUUUCUUCAACUUAGAAAAAACGAAUUCCUUAUCAAAAAGUAUAUCCCGGAUUCGGCUCUCUUCGGGACGUAUUUCGGAGAACCCUUCUGAGAUAAAAAAAUCAUGUUCGGGAAUUUUAUGAAUCUCUUUACACUCGAACGCCAACUGACAAGAGCGCCACCAAUAGUUUACUUGUAAAUAUCAAGACGCUUGAUCCGUCCUUAUCAAAGGACCUUGAGAAUCCAAUAUCUGUAGAAGAACUUGAUAAUGUUGUCAAGCAGCUAGGCAAAAAUAAGUCUCCUGGUAUCGAUGGACUUACCUCUGAAUUUUAUCAUGUCUUUUGGCCCAUGCUCAAAGAUGAUUUUCUCGAAGUUCUUACCUCCUCUCUUGAGUCUGGAUUUUUACCACACUCUUUUAGGAGGGCGGUCAUUACUUUACUCCCCAAAAAAGGAGACCUCGCUGAUAUUUCAAAUUGGCGUCCCGUCUCCCUCCUCAACACAGACUAUAAAAUUUUUGCUAGGCUGCUUGCCCGUAGGCUAAAAUCAUGCAUUGAUCAUGUUAUUGGAAGAGACCAAAGUUAUUGUAUCCCCGGUCGCUCUAUUUAUGACAACAUUAAUCUCAUUAGAGAUAUUUUGUUCUAUGCAAACACUAAUAAUAUUUCUUUGGCUGUAUUGAACUUGGACCAGAAAAAGGCAUUUGAUAAUGUAGAUCAUGAUUAUUUAUUCAAUGUUAUGAAACGCAUGGGCUUUGGAAGUCAUUUUAUAUCUUAU